CAAAUUUCGCGAUACCCGUUUAACACAAUGUCGAUGCCAUUUCGAAGGGACGAGGUCGUUUGAAACCAUCCCCUUCGCAUUCAACUCAGUAGUUCGUCGGACUUCGCGCAGAGCGCAGCACCGUUCCACACAUCCCCAGUUUCAAACUUUAUGAAUGCGAUAUUUUGCGACUAGCGCAAACUUCUCGGAAAACUCAAUUCCAAUUGUUCGAGUUUCGAAUGGAUAUGGGUAUUUAACGAUUCGAUGUAGGAUGGUAGAACGUUAUCGAGAUGUGAUCCUUGAAUACUUUUAGCGGGAAAAAUGUGUUUCAGAAAGUUUGCUCUUUUCGAAGUAAUUUUUUUUUUCGUAGCGAAUUGUGAUGAGUUGUAGACUGUUGAAAAUGAAUAGGAUUGUUGUGCUUCUUCUCUUAGGUAUAAUAUGGAAAACCAAAGCUAUAAUUAAUAGUGGAUCUGGACACGAAAGUUUAGCAAAUCCGUUCAUCGGCCAACCUGCUCCUAAAUUUAUAUCAAGAGGCAACACUUUUAGGGUUGUUACGGGUGACACUGUUAUAUUGCCAUGUGAAGUUCAGAAUUUAGGUACAUUUGUGAUAGUAUGGAAGAAGGGAGCAACAUUGCUCAGUGCGGGUCAACAGAUGAUAACCCGAGAACCCAGAUUCUCUUUGUUAGGAUAUAACCUGCAGCUGAGAGAUAUCAGACAUUCUGAUCUGGGAGAUUACACGUGCCAAAUAGGAGAUGGGUCGCAGGGCGAUCUUAUCCACACCAUAGAAAUUCUAAUGCCUCCAAGUAUUCAUAUUCUUCCUCCUAAUGGACAAGUCACCGUGCGAAGGGGUGGUCCAGUAUCCUUUGAAUGCAGAGCGAGUGGAAAUCCUGAGCCUAUUGUUCAAUGGACAAAGAAAGAUGGACUAUUGCCGUCAGGCUUACAAGUUCAGUCAGGUUAUCUACUAUCCCUCGGAGAUGUACAACGACAAGAUGCUGGGAUGUAUCAGUGUACUGCCUCCAAUGGUAUCGGACAACCUGUUUCAGGAGAGAUAAGACUUCAUGUAUUGUAUCCACCAGAAGUGAGUGUUUUGCGUUCUUGGGUUAACUCUGGUGAAGGAAUGGAAGCAAAGCUGGACUGUGUGGUGCAUUCCGAUCCACCAUCUGAGGUAACAUGGUACCAGGACUCCUUCCUUUUACAACCCACAGACAGAAGACUGAUGACACACAAUGGACAAACCCACACAUUAACGAUACGCAAUAUCCAAAUGUCAGAUUUCGGAAACUACAGCUGCAAUGUGUUCAACUCAAUUGGUAGAGAUAAAAGGUUCAUCGAGUUGUCAGGGAAACCGGGUCCUGCAAGGAUCACUAGUCCUUCCUAUUCAAAUCCUAACGAAUAUCUGCUCACCUGGACAGUGCAAUCAGUUUUUCCCAUCGUUGAUGUACGCAUAUUAUACAGGAGAGCCAUGGUCAAUAACACGUACCAGUAUCCUGAACAGUGGCAUGACCUUCUUGUUAAACCUUCACAGCGUUACAACUCAGCUACUGGAGAACGCUAUCAAUCUUUCAAGCUUAGUGGUCUUGUUCCAGACUCAGUUUACGAAUGCCUAGUCCAAACUAAAAACCAGCAUGGUUUUGGAGAACUUUCAGAUCUCCAUCAAUGGUUGUCAUCCCAGAAAGGUCGACUUUUAAUAUAUAACAGUGCAGAAUGGAAUAGAAGAAAAAGCGAUUUAUUGAAAUUCAUUAUGUUCCUGAGCUGUUUUUAUAAUUUUUGGAUACAUUUUCAAUAAAGGAUUGAUUUAAAUA